CAAGACRAGGUUAAAAUGGUAAGUAAACACACCAUAUGAAGGCUCUGCUACAGCGUGAUCCUCAUCAGCCUGGAAAAAGAACCCAUCUUUAUCACACUAUUAAAUUCCUAAUGUUACCAUCCCAAUAACGUUUUAGUGGCUAAAGAGGUAAAUCAGACGUAGGAUGUUUUCUUUGUGCCUUCAACAAAUAUAUUUGUGUAAUUACACAUCCGCCAUCAGUUUCCCCCCCAAAAAAAGCAUAAACUCCAAAUGAACUUCAUAAAAUUAAUGCAGGUUAUUAAGUGGGUGAAUGAAAGAGGAGAAAUGUAAUAAUAGAGACGAACUCCAGAAUGAUCUGACUGAUCGUCUCCUCGCCUGCAAUGAAUCACUUUUCAACUUAACCAAACAAAGAGAUGAGCUGAACGUCCGGCUAAUUGAGUCUCUUAAAGAGGGAAUCGWUGAUGGAUUGUCUCUGCAGAAUAACUCCAUGGAUAAUAUGACAGAAACAAUUGAUCUCCCCGCACUUUCUGUCAUUCUAACUGCAUCUCGCCAAGAAAACACAACGUGUCCUGACGUGUGGCUGACGUUCAAUCAUUCUUGUUACYGUUUCUUAGGUAAUGGCUCCUGGGACGAAGGCAGAGCAAACUGCACGAGCGAAGGAGGAGAUCUGGUGGUGAUAAAUAAUCCUGAGGAGAAGAAUUUUCUUGCUGGAUUGGGGCUGGAUGCUUGGAUUGGUUUGAGAAAAACUGAGGGAUCCUGGCUGUGGGUUGAUGGAACCACUCCGAAUUUCACAUCCUGGAGCUUCAAUCAGCCUGAUAACUUUGAUGGAGRCCCAACAUGGGGUGAUGAGGACUGUGCACAUAUCACAUCGWAUGCCGGUGCACCUUGGAAUGAUCUUCCAUGUGAUGCCAACAGAUGGUGGAUUUGGAAAAAAUACCAACAAUGUUUGCUCCAUAAUUUUUGAAAAUGAUU